AAUUUAUUAAAAAAAUAAAAUUAUGGAUUCUCAAAAUGAAAAAACAAACAAUGAAUGUGAUCAUUUGCCAAUAGAGGAGUCCAUAAGAUUAUCUAAACAAUUGUUAGAUAACGUACUCAAAGAUAACGAUACCGUCAAAGGAUUAGCCGAAGUUGAGCCCUAUUGUGAUCGUAGUAUUUAUCAUAGCUUUUUGAAAAUGAUUUGUAUGAUUAUUACCGCAAUCGUCACAAUGGAUAAAUUAGAUAUAGAGAGUGCCAAUCAAUCGGUUGAAGAAACAAAAAAAUUAUGCAAUAAAUAUAGAAAAACUGGUUUUAUUAUAAGUUUCAUGAAAUUGUUAAAAACACCUGAUUAUGACAAAUACACAGAUUUGGAGUUGCACUCAGAAUUAAUACAUACUAUAUGUUAUGUAAGCAGUGCUGCUGUUUUAGCCAUUGAAACCAAUAAUAUCUAUAGUUUGAUUCGAUUAGCUUAUAGACUGCAAAAAUGUAUCAAAAAUUUCAGAUAUUGUAAGAUAAGUGCGAAAACUCGCACACAUUGGGAAAAUGAAUUAUCUGAAAAUACGUACAAAUCUGCUGUUUUAUUGGGUAACGGUUUGAGAAAUUUAGCCAUAAGUAAUAUACCACCAAAAGUAUUGGCAAUCAUAAACUUUUUGGGCAUUAAAGGCAGUGAAAGUAAUGGUUGGAAGAGUAUAAAUGAGGGAACAUUGGUUGAACCGGGAAUUUUUAGUAUACCUUGUGUUUGGUUUCGUAUAGCCUAUUGGUUAUACGCUGAACCACAUGGAUAUAUGGGUCCUAAAAAUAAUGACUUUUGCAGACAAGUCUUGAAUAGUCAAUUGGAAAUAUAUCCUAAGAAUCUAAUACUUCGUACGGCUGAAGCAAAGUUAGAAGAAAUUAGUGGAAACAUUGAUAAAGCCAUUGAAAUCUAUAAUGAAUUGUUGUCUGAUCCACAUAUGGCACCCAAACGUAUUUUUCAUUUUCAUUUAAUGUUUUGUUAUGCACUGAAAUGUGAUUGGGAUCCAUGCAUUGACAAUGCAAGUAAGUUCCGCACCGGUAGCUUAUAUUCACCAGCAAUGGCCACAUAUUUUGAAGCAAUAGUUCGUUACGCAAAAGCUGUAGACUUGGAUGAUAAAGAAGAAAUGGAAAAAGCUGUCAAACUAUUUAAAGUUACUCCAUCAUUACGUAUCCGACAUUUGGGUAAAACAAUAACACCUGAAAAGAUAGCGGUUGUCCGAUCGGAAAAUUUUUUUAAAAACAACAAUCUAUUAGUUUUACCCGAUAUUGAAGUUUUAUGUGAAACAAAUUAUAUUAUUUUUAUCAAAAAUGAUAAAAAUUUAUUACAAAAAUUCAUGUCAAGAAUUGAUAAACAAAUUAACAAACAUAAAGAAGAUCUAAGUAUAUUAUUUUUUUAUUAA